AUGUUGGCUUCUCUCUUCCUAGCUUUCUCGUCGCUCACUUCGGUGCAAGCUGCGCUCAAGUAUAAAGGCGCCGACUGGUCUUCGGUUAUAAUUGAGGAGAAAGCUGGGAUAUCUUAUACCACUACAAGUGGAAGCACAGAGCCCCUCGAAAAGAUCUUAAAGGAAUCCGGAGUCAACACCGUACGACAGAGAGUCUGGGUCAAUCCUAGCGAUGGAAAUUACAACUUAGACUACAAUUUAAAAUUGGCACAGCGGGCAAAAACCGCCGGACUGGACGUUUACGUGGAUUUUCAUUAUAGUGAUACAUGGGCCGAUCCAGGGCAUCAAGCAAUUCCUUCAGGAUGGCCCACGAGCGUUGACGAUCUUGCUUGGAAACUUUAUAACUACACGUUGGACGUGUCGAACCAAUUUGCUGCGGCGGGCAUAUCACCCACCAUCAUCUCGAUCGGUAAUGAGAUUAGGUCAGGUCUCCUGUUCCCAACAGGUUCCACAAACAACUUUUACAACGUUGCUCAGCUACUGCACUCGGCUGCGUGGGGAGUCAAGGACAGCAAUCUGUCUCCUAAGCCCCGUAUCAUGAUCCAUCUCGACAAUGGAUGGGAUUGGAACACCCAAAAGAAUUGGUACGAAUCUGCCUUAAAGGCCGGGCCAUUGGUGACUUCGGACUUCGACAUGAUGGGCGUUUCCUAUUAUCCGUUCUACAACUCGGCUGCAACGCUUUCGAACCUUAAAACGAGUCUUACCAACAUGGCAAAUACGUGGGGUAAGGAGAUUGUCGUGGCCGAGACCAACUGGCCUACCUCCUGCAAGUCUCCCGCCUACUCGUUCCCGAGCGACCUCCAGAGCAUACCAUUUUCGGCAGACGGCCAAACUACCUUCAUGAAGAAAGUCGCAGAGGUGGUAGCCGGAGUAAAGAAUGGUAAUGGAAUUUUCUAUUGGGAACCAGCCUGGACGGACAAUGCAGGACUCGGAUCUUCAUGCGAAUCCAACACUAUGUUCUCGUGGCCGGGGAAGGAGUUAAGCAGUUUGGAUGUAUUUUCGUCGAUAUAG